AUUUUAACUGUCAUGGCGGACAGUUGUUUAUGAAUUUUGGUAUUUGAAGGAAUUUGAAAAUUUACUAGUCCACCAAGAUGGGAUAUUAUUGGUCUUCCGUAUUGUUAGCCAUCAACAGUCUGGUAUUGACCUUUGGCACUAUUGCUGUCAUAGUUACAUGUUUUGUGCCAUAUUGGUUCCAGAUAACGAUCAGUCCUGAAGAUGCCCGAUAUGGUACAGAAGAAGUACCAGAACUAACUGUCAUUAAUUCUGGACUGUUUUUCAUGUCUGCUGAUGGUUACGUAGACAUGAUUUUCAUGUCUAAAAUUAGCAACCACAGAUUUGCUCCUCUCUCUAUUAUAGCCGGACAAGUAUUGUAUUUUGCUGGCACUGUUGGAAUUGGUAUUUGUACAGUAGCCAGUUUUAUUUUGUCCUGCCGUAAACUGGGUUCAGUGGUUGGACAAUUUUUCUUAGCUAGUUUUAUCACUAUCUCAGCCAUCUGUUUAGUAUUGGGUGUGGUACUGGCAGCGUUUGUAUUUUUGGGGGUCGAUGGCUUGAGUGAAUGGAAGAAUCUACCACUAAACAACCCUAAUAGAUUGUCUGGAGUAGUAGUUCCUGAGAGUAUAGAGAUGGACUGGGGUUUCUUUAUAGCUAUUGGUGCUGCUGCUAUAUCCUUGGUGACCGCAGUCCUGGGUUGGAUGGAAGCUUUGAGAACCUGCCGAUAUAUUGAGGACAUUCGCUCCAAACAGCUCCGUGAUCCAAACUAUGGUCGCAAAGAAGAAGUUCCCUACACCAAGUUUAACUACCAACAAUCUUACCCGGACACCUACACCGUCACUGUUCCUACCCAGCAACCAGAGCAACAGAUGUAUUAUGGAGAACCAGGCCCUGAAAUAUCUCAAACUGUUGAAAUUUAAGCAAAUGCCUACAGGAGGCUACUAGGCUGAAAUGUCAUUCCAUAAAUAUUAAAUUAAUAUUUUGAUUUUGGAUUUUAAAAGUCCAUAAAAAUUAAAUCAUUCGCUUCAUUACAAAGUAACUCUAAAUACAAAUUUUGUGAAAGGUUUGUUUUGAUAAUUUUUAAAACCGAAUUUUAGACCUAUGAAAUAUCUUUCCAUGGGGGAUAAUAUUUUUUUUUAUGUAUAUAUUUUGUAAUUUCUUUACCCCAUUUGAAAAAUGCCACUAUAUCAAGUUUUUUCAGAUGUUCACAGUAUAAUCUUAUAUUCUAAGCUUUAUGAUAAUAACUUUCAUUCCACCAUUUUUUAGCAUUUUAUCUUGUCAUUUUUAUAUAGAUUAAACUCUUUUAUAUCUUAA